ACCAAACCGUAACCCAACCGGUUUUUAGAGAAGGCAGUCCCUAACUCUUGCAAGCCAAGCCCUAAUCGAGUUCCUCUGUCUCGCACACACUCAGUCAGGGGGAGGGCUCCCCAAUCCUCUCAAUCUCAUCGAGCUCACCUGCGUCCAGCCACCGUCUCGUGCCGCCGCCGUCUUCGUUCCUUCGAACAGCCACCGCCUCAUGCUCGCUUACUUCCCCUCCAUCGCGCAGCAGCCAGUUUUCACAACCUUGGCCCUCACUCACUCACCCCCUUCCCCCAACACCCCCUGUUCUAUCUUUGAACUCGAGCAAAGUUCAAAAUCACCCAACCAAAACCCUAGGUUCUCCCUGCAACGCUUCUGAGACAGUGCCGCCGCCGUCCGUGCUGUCGGCGCCUCCGCGUCCUCUCUUGUAGCCCAGGCCCUCUCUUGUAGCUCGGCGUCCUCCUUCCCCCUGUCCCCGUCCUCCCUGGCUUCUCUGUUCGAGGUUGGAGUAGCUCGGCGCCGUCUCGCCGGUCGCCGUUCGUGUCUCCAUCGAAGGAACAAGAAAACUAACUCUUUUUCUGCCCUCAGAUCGGUUGGAUCAGUAAACCAGUGAACCAGUGACUGGAGCGGUUCGAUGACCAGUCAGGUUCUCAGAACCUUGUGUAGGUUGAUUUCAGAAUCUAAAUUCUAAAUUCCUCCAACUUCUCCGCGACUUCACCAAUAGAGCCUCCAUUUUCAUGCGGGUGCUGAAUUCAACACUCUCACUUUGUGUUGAUGGGGAUUACAAAACCUUCCUGCACUACUUCUUAUGCUUCCCAUUCCGAUUUAUACGCCGAUGUUCUCCAAUCCGCUAUAAAAUCCAGAGACCCUUUUGUCGGAAGAUCCGUUCAUGCUCGAAUCAUCAAACACGGCCUUCACUUAGGUGUCUUCUUGAUGAACAAUCUCCUCAAUUUUUAUGCUAAAACUGGUUCCUUCUCUGAUGUUCACUGCGUGUUCGCUGAAAUGCCGCUGAAGACCAUUUUCUCCUGGAACACCAUUCUGUCAGCAUAUGCCAAAAGGGGGAACUUCGAAGCUGCACAGCGAGUGUUUGAUGAAAUUCCUGAACCCGAUUCUGUUUCCUGGACUUCAAUGAUAGUGGGGUAUAACAUGUUGGGUCGUUUUGAUAAUGCCAUUCAUAUGUUUCUCAGGAUGAUUUCAUGUGGAGUGUCGCCAACCCAGUUCACAUUUACCAAUGUUCUUGCUUCAUGUGCUGCAACUGAAGCACUGGAUAUUGGUAGAAAGGUUCACUCCUUCAUUGUAAAACUUGGAUUAUCCAGUGUUGUUCCUGUGGCCAAUUCACUUCUUAACAUGUAUGCAAAGUCAGGUGAUUCAGUAAUGGCGAAGGUUGUGUUUGACCGGAUGAGGUUAAAAGACAAAUCAACUUGGAAUACUAUGAUUUCGAUGCAUAUGCAUUUUGGUCAACUUGACCUUGGACUUGCCCUUUUUCAGGAAAUGAUUGAUCCAGACAUUGUUUCUUGGAAUUCGAUCAUUACAGGAUAUACUCAUCAAGGACAUGAUGUCAAAGCCCUUGAAAUUUUUUCACUUAUGCUUAACAGUUCAUCUUCAAAGCCAGAUAAAUACACCUUGGGAAGUAUUCUGUCAGCUUGUGCCAAUCUUGAAAAUUUAAAACUUGGGAAACAAAUCCAUGCGUACAUGGUAAGAGCUAAUAUAGACAUAUCUGGAGCCGUAAGAAAUGCUCUUAUCUUAAUGUAUGCAAAGGCUGGUGGCAUUGAAAUUGCUCAUAGGAUUGUAGAUAUUACAGGUAUCUCAAAUCUUGAUGUUAUAGCAUUCACAUCACUGCUAGAUGGCUUUGUUAAAAUUGGGGAUAUAAACCCGGCAAGAGAUAUAUUUGACUCAUUAGAAUUUCGAGAUGUAGUUGCAUGGACAGCCAUGAUUGUAGGUUAUGCACAGAAUGGUUUACUUAGCGAUGCUUUGGAUCUCUUCAGGAAAAUGGUUAGAGAAGGUCCAAAGCCAAACAACUAUACUUUAGCAGCGGUUUUAAGUGUCUUUUCAAGCUUGGCUUCUCUUGGUCACGGUAAGCAGCUUCAUGCAACUGCCAUAAGAUUGCAAGAAGCAUCAUCAAUUUCUGUUGGUAAUGCUUUAAUUACUAUGUAUUCAAGAUCAGGAAGCAUCAGAGAUGCAAGGAAAGUAUUCAAACAGAUAUGCUCUAACAAGAAUAAAUUGACUUGGACUUGCAUGAUUAUAGCUCUAGCUCAACAUGGUUUUGGAAAAGAUGCUGUAGAACUGUUCGACACUAUGCUGAAACUUGACAUAGAGCCUGACCAAAUUACUUAUGUUGGUGUCUUGUCUGCUUGUUCGCAUGUGGGAUUGGUACAACAGGGGUUCAUAAAAAUGUGGAUUUAGCUAAAGUGGCAGCUGAAAAUUUGCUUCUUCUUGAUCCCAACAAUAGUGGGGCUUACUCAGCACUUGCUAAUACACUUUCAGCUUGUGGAAGAUGGAAAGAUGCUGCUAUGAUUAGGAAAUCAAUGAAGGA